UUUGGCGGUGAUUAGUGGCAGAAGUUUUACUCGAAAUGCGCACAUUUCUUUGCCUCGCCGUGGCGGCCGUCCUCUUGGUCGCCGGCUCCUCUGCAGCCACAUAUGAUCCGGCGGCCCAACUCCUGGCCGUGGAUGCAGGUGUCCAGGCUCCGGCUGCCGCUCGCCAGGUUCGCCAGUUCGCAGGCGGCUUUGGAGGAGGACCAGGAGGCGGAUUUGGAGGAAGACCAGGAGGCGGAUUUGGAGGAGGACCAGGAGGCGGCUUCGGAGGCGGUGGUUUCGGAGGUCCAGGAGGCGGCGGUGGCUUUGGAGGUCCAGGAGGCGGCGGUGGCUUUGGAGGUCCAGGAGGCGGCGGUGGCUUUGGAGGUCCCGGUGGCUUCGGGGGACAAGGAGGCGGCUUCGGAGGAGGACCAGGAAGUGGUUUCGGAGGCGGUGGCUUCGGAAGAGGACCAGGAGGCUUCGGCCGCUAAAUCCCAACCAGCAAUCAUCUGUGACUGACUUAGCUUAACCCUCUAGAAAAAGAAUGUGUAAUUAAGUGCAUUGAAGCACGUUCUAAUUAAGUUCAAAAUAAAUUAACCCCUGUUCUUGAUUCACUUAA